AUGGCCCCCGCUGCCACUGCCUCGGCACCUAUUGCGCCGCAUGAUCUCGUCAAGGAUGCCCCGCUUCACAUCUUCCCCGAUGGUUUGAGGACUACAGGCCAGCACGCACCACUUUACGACCACAUCGCCCCCUUUGAUAAAUUCCCUAAGCAAAUUACCGGUCCUACAGUUUGGAAUCCGGAGGAGUACAGAUCAAAGCCCGAGAAAUGGACACAUCAAUUCACUCCGGACCAAGUUGAGGAACUGAGCUCCGCAGCCGACGCUUUCCUUCAAUCUAAGACCCCGCUUACCGGUAUCAGCAAAAAUAACUUCCGCGUCCCUGUUCUCGCACCAUACCUCGAGACACUCCGUCUCGACCUCAUCAACGGCAAAGGAUUUAUCCUCUUCAAGGGCUUUCCUGUACAAAAAUGGGGAAACCACAAGUCGGCCGUUGCAUACAUGGGUCUGGGCACUUACCUAGGCUACUUCGUUAGCCAGAACAGUCGCGGCCAUGUAUUGGGUCACGUCAAGGAUCUCGGCGAAGAUGCCACCCAAAUCGAUAAGGUCCGCAUUUACCGCACAAACGCUCGUCAAUUCUUCCAUGCCGAUGACUCCGACAUCGUCGGACUACUAUGUAUCGCCAAGGCACUGGAAGGCGGCGAAUCCGACCUCGUCUCCUCACACAACGUCUACAACAACCUCGCAGUUGAGCGCCCAGACGUCCUCAAGACCCUCACAGAACCAAUCUGGUACUUCGACCGCAAAGGCGAAACAAGCAAGGGUGAAGAUGAAUACAUCCGCACAAGCGUAAUCUACCUUGAGCGCGACAACGGCCGCGUCUACACAAAAUGGGACCCAUACUAUGUCCGCUCUCUCACCCGCUUCUCAGACGCAGGAAUCAUCCCCCCUCUCAGCGCCGCACAAACAGAAGCUAUUCAGGUCCUAGAAGAUACCUGCAACAAACUCUCUCUUCAUAUGGUUCUUGAUAUCGGAGAUAUCCAGUUCCUUUCUAAUGCGCACAUUCUGCAUGCGAGAACUGCUUACACAGACCAUGCCCCCCCUGCGCCACGACGACACUUGAUGCGUCUUUGGCUUGCUACACCUGAGAAUGAGGGUGGGUGGAAGUUGCCUUUCUGGGAUAGUAAUGAGAAGAAGAGAGGUGGGAUUCAGGUUGAUGAUCAGGCGCCUGUUGCGCCACUUGAUGCGGAGUAG